AUGGAACUAAAAGGAACGUUGGCUCUCUCUUUCCUUGUUUUCUUUUGCAUCAUUGGUGCUAGAGGAAUAGAUGCGGAGCUUGCAAGCGAAGGAAUCUCUAAUGUGCAAGACAACAAGGUGAUCACAACCGAAGAGUUGUGGCAGAUUGAACAAGGUUCGACGCCGCCGAACUGCAAUGGCAAGUGUAAUGGUUGCACACCAUGCAGAGCACGACUGAUCACGGUGCCACCGGCUGCUAGUGGAACUAGGAGGCUCUUGCAGAAUGUGAACCUCGAAGGCUACGGUAAAAAUCGUGCCCCCCUCCUCCUGCUAUUGGUUGCUGCAUCAAUAGGAAGCUAUGGAUUAAGUGAGGGCGCAAUCAACCUGAAGCAUCGUCCUGUGUUGGUUGCUGCAUCAAUAGGAAGCUAUGGAGCAUAUCUAGCAGAUGGUUCUGAGUACAUUGGAAACUAUGGCCAAGAAAUUACUGUGGAAAUCGUCAAAGAUUUUCACAGGAGAAGGCUUGAGGUUCUUUCUGAAGCUGUAGCUGAUAUAAUUGCUUUUGAAACACUUCCAAAUAAACUUGAAGCUCAAGCAUAUGUUGAACUUCUUUUAGAGUGUGACACAAAAAUUCCAGCUUGGUUUUCUUUCACUUCGAAGGAUGGGAUCAAUGUUGUUAGUGGAGAUUCUAUGGCUGAAUGUGUUUCUCUGGCUGAUUCAUGCAACAAAGUCGUUGCUAUUGGAAUCAACUGCACUGCACCUAGAUUCAUCCACAAUUUAAUUCUCUCUAUUAAGAAGCUUAAUGCUCAAUUCAGAAGGAAUCCAUCAUUGAUACAAAAUUUGACAACUUAUUGA